UAGCAUCCGGAUUUACAAGUACGCAGUUCACCACCAGUGGCGCUUUGAUUGCUGCCGGCAAACCGGCGCCGGCGUCAUUCGUUUCCCGUCAUUCAUCGCGUUUCUUUCAUUGAGUUGUGCGUGUAGAAUUCCGGCAAAAAUUCAACCGUGAAAGAUGGAUGGUGGAGGAAUGCGUGGCAGAGGAGGCUACUCCAGAGGGAUGAGCCGAGGAGACUUCACAAGAGGCCGUGGCGGACCCCCCAGAGGCCGCGGUGGACCACCUGGUGCUUUUAGAGGUGGGCCACGAGGUGGCGGGGAAUUCCAAGGUCAUGGGCGGGGAGACUUCACACCAAGGGGCCGUGGAGAUUUCUCGCGAGGUCGGGGUGGUGCUGGUGACUUCACACCACGGGGCCGUGGAGGAUCCAGUGGAGAGUUUGUCCCCAGAGGUCAGGGCUUUACACCGCGUGGACGAGGGGGGCCUCCCACACGCGGCGACUUCGCACCACGGGGCCGCGGCGACUUCGCACCACGGGGCCGCGGCGACUUCGCACCACGAGGCCGCGGCGACUUCGCACCAAGAGGUCGCGGGGACUUCGCUCCAAGGGGCCGGGGAGACUUCGCACCAAGGGGCCGCGGAGACUUCACACCAAGGGGCCGUGGAGAUUUUGCACCCCGCGGAAGGGGUGACUUCAACACUGCGCGGGGAGGCGGCUAUGCUGGAGGACCACCCGUAGCUGGUGGUCCACCAAUGCGUGGAGGGCCUGCCUUAAGGGGAGAUGCUCCACCUGGAGCCGGCCGUGGCAUGCUACCACCACGUGGUGGCAUGGGUGGUGGCAUGGGUGGUGGCAUGGGUGCUGGAGGACCACCCGCUAAGCGGGGUCGCUGGGAGGGACCUCCGAACACAGGCUCUUCUUAUCAGGACAACUACUACAACAACGGAGCAAGCCAAGAUUAUGGAAACAGUGGUGGCUAUGACGAUGGCUAUGGACAAGCGCCUGUCAGUCGGAGCACCUACCAGGACUCGUAUGCGGCACCUUCAGACAUGAUGGGCAAUGGCUACCAGGGUCCCGGAGUUGGAGUAGGUGGCAACACAGGCGGUUAUGGCGAAGGUGCUGGUGGCUACAACACGGAUUACAACAAGCCCCCAAUGGAGAGGGGAGGUGGUGACUUCAGGAGUGGUGGCGCUGGCUAUGCACCCCCCGUUGGUGGCGUCGGUGGUGGUGGUGGCUACGCCAGCAGCUACGACGACAGGGGUUAUGGGGGAAGGCAAGACGGUGGCUACGGGGGAGCACGCCCUGCGGCUGACAACUUCAGUGGAGGUGGUCCCCGAUCAGACUAUGCCUCCUAUGACAGCUAUGGUGGCGCAGCGUAUGGCCAAUCUCGGGAUAGCUAUGGAGGGGCAGGCCGCUAUUAAGAGUGCAGCAAGCUGCUGUCCUUUUUUCUUUUUGAGAGCAAGUGUAGAAGAGCGGCAGAGACAUUUUUUCAUAUAUGAAAAAGCCUCCACCAUGCCCACCACCAUCCAUCUUCAACAUACCAUCACGGCCUUGCUUGAAGAAAUUUCUAGAUGCAGGCACUGUGCUAUAUUUUUUCCUCCCAACACCACAUAUGAACCUCGUGCUUUGUAAUUUACCCUUCAUUUCUCAUUUUCUCUCAUUGAACUUUUUUUUUUUUCUCCCUAAGCAUUAGCCAGGUGGCUCGGAAGGCCACAGUGCACCAUUAGGCACAUCAUAGUUUUAUUUUCAUGUCUACUCAUGGAACCUGGCAUUGUCUAAUGAACUUGGUGUUAGUGAGCGCUCGUGUCAUGAAACAAGCACAUACUACUGUCUCUGUAUGUAUUCAAAGUGGUCCAGGCGGAUCAAAUGAAAUAAAAUUUGGAGUGGAACCCCCUAGCUGCUGCCAAGUUUGAUUACUGAGGUGCUUAGUAUGCAGCGCUAGCCCAUGUGGGAAGCGUAGCGAUCCUCUACAGCCACACUGCAAUGGAACGAAGAAAUGAACAUGGCCGAGUGCCUGUCCGAAGCUGCUUUUCCGUUGAGAACCGCAUCAGCAAUUUCACAAGGCUGUUAAGCUGCCCUGGUAAGCUUACCACUAAAACUGGAGAGCAUCAAAUCCGCUCCAGCUGUAACUAGCUCUGACUGUUAUUCGUGUAUUUUUUCUUGUGCAGCUGGAAAGUAUGCAUUGCCUCAGGCAUGGCUUGGCAGAUUCAUCUGCAGGUGUCUUUAAAAUUUAAGAUGAAAUUUUGGUAGCAAGGCACUAAGAAACAUUUGCCAGAAUUUUACCAUUUUUAUGUCUCCCAUUUGCAAUAAGGCGUACUAGAUUGCCUGCUUUUAUACAACUUUUACCAGAGGCAAAGGGAUGGCACCGUUUUAGUCUUAUUAGCUUGCAUUAGAAAACUUAUAUGCCAUAAUUUCACCAUUUUGAUGCCUCCCAUUUGUAAUAAACCCUACUGGACUGCUUGCUUUUAUGCCAAACUUCACCCAAAGACCGUUUUGGUUUAUUAGUGUAGUGUGACUAUAUCUGCAGAGCAGUGCAUUUUAGGGCUUGUUUGCAAACAAAGUUGCACAAAUUCAUUUGCCACUGCACUGCGUUAAUAUCUUAAUGAAAAGGCACUUUUCAGUUAAAGGCACUGAUGUAUGAAAGACUGAUGCUGCUGCAAUCAGGAGUUGGUCAUCUCGAGCACUUGAAACUUUGUUACCCCUCUUCAUGCUCAAAUGCAGCGCUACAUCCUUCAGAAUUGAUUGAAGUUGGUUUUCAGAAACAAAAAAUUAUGCCUCAAAUUGCCAAAUUCCCUUUUUCGUACAAAAUAAAGCUCUAUCAACCCGAUGUGGGCAAUGCUUCUCUAGAACUCCUGAAUGCUGUAAAAUUCAUUGCGGUAGCGCAUAGUAUUGUAGGGUCAGAUUGAACAUCCACUGCGUACUUGUAGAGAAGUGCAAUAACACUUAAGGCCAAUGUUUCAUGAUUGCAGUGCCCUUGAACUGAGACCUCUCUGGUCUGCCAUUAUAUUGCUUACUAACGUUACUUAUUCUAGUGCCUGAUUUGAUCAGAAGUGGCUUAUUGAAAACACUCCAAUAAUAUAUAAGAAUGUGCAAAGCAAAAUAUUCUGUGAAAAUGUUCCCAUUGUGGGAUACAUGCCAGAGUGCACGCAAAUAUAUCGGGCCUUAACUAUGUUCUGGUUUAAAAUGUUGCGAGUGUCGUGCUGCCUGAAUAAGUAGCAAAAGGCAUUGCGCGUACGAUCAAGCCAUUAAAAUGCUCGCAACUGCUACAUUGCAUGUCUUGCAGUAGCAGGUAACAGUCGCCAAUUCUAGUCUCCUUGAAUCUCGUAUUGUUUCAUUGAAGGUAAUGUGUAAACAAGCAUUCUGCUUGCGUUGUAUAACGUUUAACUGUGACUGUUGUAAGCAUUUUCGCCUUAGUUAGUGCUGCUAGUUGGCACAUGUCAUUUGCUUCUAGCAGUAACAACCUUUUCCAGGAUUUUCAAUGUGAAUAUGCUUGCAAGGCCGUUUUCUUAAAUCCUUCACAGCUUUCGCAAGUCCGUCAUUCUAUGGAGAGGGCACAGCACCAGUGGCUCCACAGGCUUACGGCCAAGUAUUUCACACUACGAUGACAUAAUCUCGUUCAUGAAAGCCAGCAUCUCAGCCGUUGCUGCUGCUAUACUGAAGGAAGCCUCAUGCGCCAUUUUAUUCUUCGUAUACCACGCCUUCAAGUGUCUAUAAAGAAGUUAUAAUACGU